CCGCUAUGGCGGCGGUGUAGAGGUUGGGGCCGGGAUGCGGCGCGUUUGACUGAGGGGGUAGGCCAGGCGGAGACAUCGGGGACAUCGUCGCGGCGCAGAAGAGAACCAGCCUGGACGCCGGGGACGCUGUCAUGUACGGCGCGACCGGAGGCCGCGCCAAAACCGAGAGGAAAAGCGGCGCGAAGGAGGAGGCCGGGCCGGGCGGUGCCGGCGGCGGGGGGAACCGAGUGGAGCUGCUGGUCUUCGGCUAUGCCUGCAAGCUGUUCCGAGACGACGAGCGGGCCUUGGCCCAGGAGCAGGGACAGCACCUCAUCCCCUGGAUGGGGGACCACAAGAUCCUCAUCGACAGAUAUGAUGGGCGUGGUCACCUGCAUGACCUUUCUGAGUGCGAUGCUGAGUAUUCCACAUGGAACAGAGAUUACCAGCUCUCUGAAGAGGAGGCACGAAUAGAGGCCCUGUGUGAUGAAGAGAGGUAUUUAGCCUUGCAUACGGACUUGCUUGAGGAAGAGGCAAGGCAAGAGGAAGAAUACAAGCGGUUGAGUGAAGCGCUAGCGGAGGAUGGGAGCUAUAAUGCAGUGGGAUUCACUUACGGCAGUGAUUACUAUGACCCGUCCGAACCAACAGAGGAAGAGGAGCCUUCUAAACAGAGAGAAAAACACGAGGCUGAAAAUUUGGAGGAAAACGAGGAGCCUUUCAUUGCCCCUUUAGGACUGAACGUGCCGUCUGAUGUGGAGCUGCCACCAACAGCCAAAAUGCAUGCCAUUAUUGAGCGCACAGCCAACUUCGUGUGCAAACAGGGUGCACAGUUUGAAAUAAUGCUGAAGGCCAAACAGGCCCGAAACUCUCAAUUCGACUUUCUACGCUUUGAUCACUACCUCAACCCCUACUACAAAUUCAUCCAGAAAGCUAUGAAAGAAGGACGGUAUACGGUCCUGGCAGAAAACAAAAGUGAAGAGAAAAAGAAGUCGGGGGUGAGCUCUGACAAUGAAGAUGACGAUGACGAAGAGGGCGGGAGUUACCUGCACCCGUCCCUCUUCGCUUCCAAGAAGUGCAGCCGCCUGGAGGAGCUCAUGAAGCCUUUGAAGGUGGUGGACCCAGAUCACCCCCUUGCGGCACUGGUCCGUAAAGCCCAGGCCGACAGUCCUGCCCCCACUGCACCCACGGCAGAUGGCACGGCCGUGCAGCCCUCCCAGGUGGAGUACACCACUGACUCAACAGUGGCAGCCAUGUACUACAGCUACUACAUGCUGCCCGACGGCACCUACUGCCUGGCACCUCCCCCUCCAGGGGUUGACGUAGCCACUUACUACAGCACCCUGCCUGCCGGGGUGGCCGUGUCCGGCUCUGCUGGAGUGACAGCCACGGCCCCGCCCCCUCCAGGGACCACGCCACCGCCCCCCCCAAGCACAGCAGAGACGAGUAGUGGGGUGACCUCCACCACCAUCACCACAAGUGCACUUGCUUCCGUGGCCGCCAUCAUCCCCCCGCCCCCCGACAUUCAGCCCGUGAUUGACAAGCUGGCAGAGUACGUGGCCAGGAACGGCCUUAAGUUUGAGACCAGCGUUCGUGCCAAGAAUGAUCAAAGGUUUGAGUUCCUGCAGCCGUGGCACCAGUAUAAUGCCUAUUAUGAGUUUAAGAAGCAGUUCUUCCUCCAGAAAGAAGGGGGCGAGAGCGCACAGGCUGUGUCAGCACCGGAAGAGGCUCCUGCGGAGUCUGCGCCUGAAAAGCCGAGUGACGCUGGGGAGGAUAGCGUGUCUGAAGACGUGGCCGACGCAGGGGGCAGAGGUGGCUCCUCGGGGAAGAAGGAGGCGUCGUGCAGCAAAGCCGUCCCCGACGGGAAGCUGGUGAAAGCUUCAUUUGCUCCAAUAAGCUUUGCAAUCAAGGCCAAAGAAAAUGAUCUACUUCCCCUGGAAAAAAAUCGUGUUAAGCUAGAUGAUGACAGUGAUGAUGAUGAAGAAAGCAAAGAAGGCCAAGAAAGUUCUAGUAGCGCUACAAACACUAACCCGGCAGUUGCCCCACCCUGUGUAGUUGUUGAGGAGAAGCGGCCUCAACUUACCCAGGAGGAGCUAGAAGCAAAGCAAGCAAAGCAAAAGCUGGAGGACCGACUGGCAGCUGCUGCCAGGGAAAAGCUUGCCCAGGCGUCUAAGGAAUCAAAGGAGAAACAGCUUCAAGCAGAACGUAAAAGGAAAGCAGCUUUAUUUUUACAAACCUUAAAAAAUCCUCUGCCAGAAGCAGAAGUCGGGAAAGUGGAAGACAAUCCUUUCAACGUAGAGGAAGCCAGUACUGUGUCCUGCCCUCUACUGGCCGGAGGCAGACCUCUGCCCACUUUAGACAUUAAGCCUCCGGAAGGGCGCUCAAGCAAAAACAAAGACCCGCCGAGAGAAGAAGAGAGAGAGAGGAAAAAGAAAAAGCACAAAAAACGGUCUCGAACAAGAUCACGCUCUCCCAAGUACCAUUCGUCAUCCAAGUCCAGGUCUAGAUCCCACUCGAAAGCAAAGCAUUGUCUUCCCAGUGCCUAUCGGACAGCACGGCGCUCGAGGUGGACCCACGGCCUCCCAGGGAUGCUGAGCUCGGAGGCUUGUCAGGGCAGCUCGGCAGUGGCGGCAGCACAGCAAGGCAGUUAUCGGGCAGCCUCGACCACGAACAGAUUUGACUCCUGGAGCUCUUUUGAGGGAAAGCCUGGUAAAAUGUCAAGGUCCCGGUCCCGGUCCCCUCGGAGACGAGCGCACUCCCCCGAGAGACGGCGGGAGGACAGGAGUGUCCCCACCGCCUACCGAAUGAGUAACAGCCCUGGAGUCAGCAGGAAGCGGACCCGGUCCAGAAGCCCCCAUGAGAAGAAGAAGAAGAGGCGCUCACGGUCGCGGACCAAGUCCAAGGCCGGCUCGCAGCCAGCCUCCCCGAGCAAGCAGGCCGCGCGCCGGCACUCGGCCAGCAUCUCUCCUGUGGAGAGUCGGGGCUCCAGCCAGGAGCGCUCCAGGGGAGUUUCUCAGGAAAAAGACGGUCAGAUCUCCUCAGCAAUUGUUUCUUCCGUGCAGAGCAAAAUCACUCAGGACCUCAUGGCCAAAGUAAGAGCGAUGCUCGCAGCUUCCAAAAACAUGCAGACCAGUGCCUCCUGAGACUCGGCCGUGGGCGACUGGGCCUGGGGCCCCAGGAGCUGGCAGAGCAGAGAGCCCCGUCCUGCAGAGACCAUCCCGCUGGGGCUCCUGGACGGUUGGCGGGUUUUGUAAAUUAAUUUUUGAUGACAUUUUAGGUUUAAGAUUUUUGACCAGCAGUCUCUUACCUGUAUAUUUGUAAAUAAUAUCCUGUUUCUGUGAAAAUGUAUUAUCAAAUAAAACGGGAGGAAAACACC